AUGCACCACAGACUAAGCCGACGCUCGUUCGCAUCCCUCGCCUCGCUCCUGGCCGCGCUUCCGCCGCAGCGAUCGCGUGCGACGGGCUUGGAGGAGGUCCGCAAGGCGGCGUCGCUGCUGCCAGGCUACGGCCCGCCGGACAUCGCCUUCCCGCCGCCGUUCAGAGGGCGCUGGAGGGUCACGCGGCAGGUCGUGGACGUGCAGACGCCGCUCGGGGAGACCGCGGCGCCGCGGGAGGCGCUGAGGCAGGCUCGCGACAGCCUUGUCGCGCCGCCAGUGACGUUUGAACAGCGGUUCGUGCAGGACUCGGAGAGGGCGGUGAUCGCCGACCGCUCCUUCAACGCGGAGCGGCGCACCGCGGCCAUCUCUGGGACCGCGCUUGCCGACCUCGAGGCGCGGCCAAACGCCGAGCUCAUCGCAACCGCAAAGCUGUGA